AUCACUACUUUCUAUCCUCAAAUUCUAAUAAUAUCCCUGACCUCUAAAUCUCACCCGGUACCAUAUUAUCAUAGGUUAACAAUUAUCGUUUCAGUUAAUUAAAUUAAUAACCUUGAAAGAUGUAAUCAUACAAACAUUGAAACAUAUAAUCAUGCAACUAAUAACUCAUUAAUCCCACUUGACCUUUAAAAAAAGAGAGAGAAAAGCAAGAGAAGACUUCUACAGUUCUACCAAAUCAAACACACAACAAAAAAAGUCAAGAACCCAAAUAAAAAUUCAAAAGAAACCACACAUACACUGUAGUAGAACCAAAAUUCCAGGUCAUGAACAGAAAAAUAGUGGUCCUUUGAUAAUAGACAACUCAUUUCACCAAAAAAUUGUUUAAGAAAUCAUCCCCAAUUCCCCAUCAAUUUUACCUUUUCACUCAACCUCUAAAAAGCAAAAAAAUUAGAAGCAAAAAUAAACCCCAACUUACUUUCUCAGCUUCUCUUCUCAGUACUACUACUACUUCUUACAGAUUCUCCCCUUUUUCUUUCCUGUUACUUUCAAAGUUUCAACCUUUUUGCUUAAAUUUCCCAUCUUUUUCAAUUUUAGGGUAUUAAUUUCAUCUGGGUGUUCUUCAAUUUCUUCAAUUUUCAAUUUUUCUUUUUUGGGAUUGAAAAUGUAUCCAAGAUUUAUUCAACCCCAUCACCAUAAUCCUCAGCAUCAGCAGCAGCAGCAACUCCAUGAGUCUUUAAGUGUAAUGGCGGGUCCCACUGAUGAGAUUCAUCAAGUGGGUCCCACUUCCACUUCUGCCGCCGCAACAGGGGACCCACGUUUGGUGUUGACUUCCGAUCCAAAGCCGCGUCUCCGGUGGACUGCUGACCUCCAUGAACGCUUUGUUGAUGCUGUCACUCAGCUUGGCGGGCCCAACAAAGCUACACCUAAGGCUAUAAUGCGGACAAUGGGUGUGAAAGGAUUGACUCUUUUCCAUUUGAAAAGUCAUCUUCAGAAAUACAGAUUAGGUAAGCAAUCGGGGAAGGAUAUGAUUGAGGCUCCAAAAGAUGGAAUUUCAGCUUCAUACCAUUUGGAGAGCCCUCGCACGAGUAAUUCUUCUUCAAGUUUGCCAACAUCAGACAUGGAUGAGGGUUAUAAGGUUAAGGAGGCCUUGAGAACUCAAAUGGAGGUGCAGACUAAACUACAUUUGCAGGUUGAGGCUGAGAAGCACUUACAGAUACGCCAGGAUGCAGAGCGAAGAUAUAUGGCAAUGCUUGAGAAAGCAUGUAAGAUCCUUGCAGAUCAACUUAUGGGGGUUGCAAUUGCAGAAAAUCACGCGCAGACACUUCAAGGUCAGAAUGAAUGAUUUUUAGCUGUUGUGGAGCGCAAGGGCAAUUAUGGGCUUGGUUCAGUGAGCGUUGGAUCUUGUUUGGAAGGACAGCUUAGCUUGCUUAAUUUAUGACAAACCUUAAUCUAUACAAAUUGAUGGAGUUUGCAUUUCAGCUACCUGAAGUUGGAAUUACAAUCGUCAGUGGUGGACAAAGUGCUUGAAUGAUGCUGAUUUGUGUAAUACUUCUGUCAACCUUGCUGCAUGUGUCAUACUUCUACCCGGAAGAACGUAGAAUCUGUAGCUUGUAAAUUUAAUUACUAAUGUUUCUAACAUGAGAUGCAUCUGCAUCUCCUUUUAUUCAUAUUCGAGGAAAUACAAACUCAACGCCCUGUGUGGACUGUCAUGCACCCUUAGUACCAAUUUUGUGCCUUGCCAUUUGGUAAUUCCGCGUAGUAGUAUAUCCUCUUCAAAUUUCAUGACAUUCUUAAUUUCUAAUGGAUUGUAAUUGUUGUAGUUUGCAACUUGGAUGGGUGAUUGUUCAAGGGACUUUGAUUUCCUACUGAUGUAACUGAUGUCUAUAUGUGAAUUAGUAGUUAAAUGUCAAUUUUUUCAUUAUGGUUUUUCUUCUA